AUGUUCCGGUUGAAAUCAGCGUUAUGGCCACUCACGCAUGCUUACAAAGAGAUACCAUCAUGUCAGUCGUCUGACGAUGAAAGGGAAUCGAAAGAUACAGAAGAGAGCCUGCAGGAGCAAAUCCUGACCUUACAAAGCAAUCUAUGGUGUCUCCGCGUCAGCUUACUUUUCAGCAUCGUGUCUCUCUUCUUGAUGGCAUCUUUCAUUGUUGUCGACCGAGUUUCAUAUAUCAAUGCUACAAAUAGUUGCAGUCAUCUUGGCAGCGACCAUAGCGGAUUUGUGCCACCGGAAGUUGGAGAACCUACAAGAUGGACAUUAUUUGAUUUAUCUUCUCCCUAUUACAUUGAAGAAGACACAUUUUAUGACUUGAAUAAGACCAAAAUGGUUAUCGGUAAACUAAAGGCUUUACAUAAUUCAUCAAAUGUGUUGGUCAACGGUAAUUUCGCUGACUGGCACAAGCCAGACGGCAGUAUAGCAAAGUUGCCAGCUUACUAUUCCACCGUCUCGUACCGGCAAACCUACAUCAUCCGUUCAUUCCAUCAAAUGCACUGUUUGAUCUCAAUUGCUGAAGAGUAUGGCCAUCGUGUGCAUAAUACUUCAUCGCAGUGGGCUCCUCAGCAUGUUGCCCACUGCCUCAACGCGAUCCGGGAGGCAAUCAUGUGUCUUGCUGAUGCUUCUCCAAUGACAUAUGUGAACGGAUUUGCUGUAGGACAUGUCACAGAUGAUCAGAAGUUUAUGUGUAGAGAUUGGGGUGCGUUACGGAAAUGGGCAAAUGAUCCAGUUCGGGGGAUCAGAUACAAGAAUCUUGCACCGGCAGGCGCAAAGCAUGACAACUAUACGGAAAUUAUCCCUUUCCCAGAGCUUUCGGAAAUGGAAAAGCUAGGGCUUGCUUGA